CGUCAACAUCCCAAACCGGAAGAAGGAAGCCCAGCCCGAAAAGACCGCCUCGAUUAAAAGUGGAGACGUUACCUGAAGUGUCCUCCUCCUCAUCACUGUGAUCAUGAGUUUCUUCCCCUGUCCGCCCGGUCCCUUCGGAUGCACCAGUAUCCAGGAGCAGAGGGAACGCUGGGAGAGAAAACGCAGCCGGACAGCCAGAGAGCUGGUGCAGACAGAACAACGCUACUGCCAACAGCUGGAGCUGGUCACCACUUACUUUGUGGAGAUCUUGAAGGCCAAAGGAACCCUGAGGCAGGACAUUAGAGAAAGCAUCUUCAGUUCAAUUAAAGCCAUUCAUUCAGUAAACCAAUCUCUGCUGGUCCACUUGGAGAAUGACUACUUUGGCCGAGGCUUCGACCAGUUCUGUCCACAUCUGCACCACUACAACAUGUAUGUGGACAACAUCUAUAAUGCCAGCAAAGUGCUUGGGAUCCAGCUGAAGAAAAACAAGGCCUUCAGACGUUUUAAGACGCUACAGGAAGCCCGACCGGAGUUCAACAACCAUAAGCUUGAAGAUUUGCUUCAACUUCCCAUUCAGCGGAUUGAUCAGUAUAAACAUUUCCUACAGGAUCUGGCUGCCAACACAAGUCCAGACAACCCGGAGUUUCAGCAGAUUUCAAGGGCGGUGACUGCAAUAUGCGGGGUGUCCGAGCGAAUCCAGGACAAUACCCGGUGCCAUGAGAACCACCUGCAGCUUUGCAGAGUGCAGAGACUGCUGAAAGGGCGAAAGACGAAGGUGUUGGCUGCAGGGAGGUGGUACAUCCGUGAGGGCUGGCUGAAGAUGGUUCCUCCUAAAGGUGCAGAUGCUAAGCCAAAGAUGUUCUUCCUGUUCUCUGACAUGCUGUUGCAGGCCAAGCGCUGCAGCCCACUGCAUCCCACCAACGGAGACAAAUUUGCCGGCCAGCACGCCUACCCCCUGAAGGACUGUACCGUGGAGAAGGUGUUUGGCCACACCAGGAGCCAGGGAGGCCUGCUCAGCUUAACCUUCCCUAAAGCCAAACUCCUGCUGAUGUCCAGCAACCAGGAAGACUUCAAUGACUGGUACCAAAGCCUGAGCUCAGCUAUCAGGAAGCUGCAGUCUAAGACUGUAGUCCAUCAAAGAGACGAGUUGUGCCGGAGACCUCUCCGCUCAGCCUCCGACAACCACAACACACCCAGCAGCAGCAGCAGCAGCGACCCUAGCAGGAAGAGGAACAUGGUGAGCACUGAGACCGGUGAGCAUGCUCAGAAGCUGCCAGCCGAGUGGGAGGGCAGCACCCCCAAAAAGAUGAAGCAGUCUGACACUCCAGAGCAGAGUGCGGAGGAAUCCACUUCCAGUUGUGUGAUCCUCUGAAGGACUUGAUGGUGGAUCCUGCAUGGUCUGUCUGGGAGUUUAACUUCAGACAGACUGUGGUGUUCCAGUUUUGCCAAAUCUGCCAAACUGAUCUCUGCAACUUCUUUAUUCCCAUGCGUUGCAACACGAAGUCAGGAGAGGUUUGCAUUCUUACUAACAGCAGCUUCAGCUUCUGCUCAUCCUGCGCAAUAUAAACUAUUUAACUGCUGCUUUAAAGGUCCAAAUAUGAGAUGAAUGUAUAACUUUGAGCAGUAUGUUGUUUUUGCUGCUGGUCUCCAGCAAAGAUUGAUCUACUUACACUGUACACACCAACACUGUAUUCGUGAACUCACUUCCACCAGUUAGCAUUUUCCACUGUGUUUACAUGCAGACUUCAGAGAGGAGGAACAGAGAGGAGGAAAUAAGAUCUACUUGGAUAGGCACUAACAUAGGGAGACGUGAACCUGUAGUAUCCACUUACAGAACAGGAGCAUCACACCUCUGAUUCUGUCCAAUCAGCUCUUUAAAAAAGGAGUGACACCUUUCACUGACUGAAGGAAACAGGAAGCUCUGACUUCACUUUCACUUCUUAACAAGCAAUCAUAUUACAUCAACACUGCAGUAGGUAACUUUUAUAAAAAUAUAUUUUUAGCAUAUUUACUGAAAUUUUGACUAUGACAAUAUCUUGACAGUAGUACAUUUGACAGAUAAUCUGUGAAAACAAUCAGGUUCCUCUGGCUCCGUGCUCCUAAUGGUAUUUGCAAGAAACCACCUGGCCCGAACAACAAAAACAACCAAUCAGAGCCAAGAAAGAUAGACAGUUUGGCUUGGUGACUCAAACAUAGUUGAUUGUUGGUAGUGUUCUUAUUGUCGACCUGGGAUCUUUUUUGGCACUGAUUGAUUUUGUUCAGUGGAUCUUAAGUUAAGUUCAUGUUGACUGGGAAUCUAUUUGUACCAACUUAAUAUGGAUGCUUCCAGCCAAAGUCCAUCAUUUUAGGUAACCCUAUUUAUUAAUUAAAUUCAUUCAAUGUACACUCCUUAUCCAGCUGUUCUGCAUUGCUGCUGUCUGUCCCAUUAACUUCACACAGCUUUAGUGCCUCACACAAACAUGACAAUCUGCUCAAAUGUGAAAUCUUUGGGAAUGUCUGAUUUGAUUAUUUGAUUGCCAGAUACGUACUCAUUGUUUUACCUGUGAGACACACCGUGAUGAUUUUUUUUUUUUAUCAUUAAUUGAAUAAGUGCAUUUAAACAGCUACAGUUUAUUUUAGGAAUGACAGUCUGUGUUUAGGUAGAUUUCUGUGUCUGUGUCCAGGCAAGAAAACCUGGUUGACAGAUAUGAAUUUCUAUAUGCUGACUGUCUUGUGUGAUGUCAUGUCAUUUAUCCUUCAUUAGAUCCUUAAAUCAUAUCCUUUGUUAACAAACGCUUCUCUUCUGCAUAAUACUCCAUAUAUUUUAUUAACACUAGUUUGCAUUUUUAAACGUUUUAGAUAUUAUUUUUUAGUAUCCUCUGUCUAAAGCUGGUUACAAAUCAUGUGGAUGAGAUGGAAAUAAUGGGAAUUUCACAAUAAAACUCUAAAAGAA